GCCUUUGGGGGCCCACCGGCCGACCAAUUCUCCGGCCCUUCGACGGGAUUCGUUGCCAUGGCGGAGAUGGACGUGAACAGCUUGGCGGUGCAGGCCAUCGAUAGCUGCCUGCGGCAAAGGCUCGUGAGGGGCACCAAAGUGAUGUUCUUCUUCCACCGCCACGCCACGCACAAGGACAAGUUCGGCAGAAGGUCCUUAGACUUGAUGGAGGCCGUGGGGAUGACCGCCGACCUGGCGAGGCAUUUCCAUCUGCCGGACUUCAUUUUCAGCGGGCUGCCGGAGACCUUCAGCAGCUUCGACUUCACGGGCAGCGGCUUGCUGAGCCUCGAGGAAGCGCGCGUCAUGGUGAAGAAGACUCUGCUGCAAUGGCGCUGGACAUUAGCUGGCCCUGCCACCUUCGAGAGCGAGCUGGAAAACCGCACCCUCGAGG